UAGUUGUGAGCGCGAAAGAAUAUGAAUGUCAAUCUUCGUCACUCUGGUGUUUGGGAAACAAAAUGGAAGAAGUGGGACGCGGUGGUUGCUUAAAUCAAAAGCAGUACGAUAUAAUCGUUAGGUUUUUGGCACAUGGGCAUUUCCCAAGCAAAAGAGAUUUAUUGGAAGCCAAAUUUGCAAGCCAGGAAGAAACCGCUCGCCCAAGACCUUUUCGAAAAUUUAAAUCAUGGAUUCAGAGGUUACUCUAUCGUGAAUCAGAAAAUGUUCUAAUCCAUUUACCUACAGGAAAAGUGGUAGUUCCGAAAGAAAAAUUUGUAGAAAUUAUUAUUGCAAAUCACUGUGAUGAAUAUGGUGGUCAUUUGAAUGCAUUUGCCACAAUGAAAAAGAUUCAGAAAACAUAUACUUUUGGACGAAGAAACUUUGGAAUGAGUGAAGAGUUUGUAAGAGGAGUUGUAAGAAACUGUCCCAUUUGUGAGGGGUUUCAAUCUGGUAAUCUUAAGGAAGGAAUCUUAGCUGAUACAAAUAAGACUGGAAAGCAAACUACUGUCACAGCAUCCAUACCAAAUAACAUGGAGCAAAAUUUGGAAAGUCAAAAGAAGAAAGUUUUAUCAAGCACUAGCAGUGGAUUAGGAACUGAGAAAUGUGCACAGACAACUUCAUCAGCAGCAGACAGUACCAAUCAAAGAGGGCAACCAGUUGACUGGAACCAGACUGAAGCCAAUAAAAAUAAGACUAAAGUUAAAGAAAGUCAUCCGAUCAUCCACAGUACUUUGUUAUCUCAGUUGAUGACUACAAAGCCAAGCGUAAUCACCAGUACAGGUCAAAAUGUGUCGCUCUCAUUGCCAUUAUUACACCAUGCAGUUAGUGUCUCCGUCUUUCCAUUUUUCAGCAACACACACUUAAAAUCAACUGAGAGUUUAUACACAAGUUCUGGGAACACAGUGAAACAGAUUCCAGCUUCCACUCAAACAAUUUCAAAAGCUAGCUCUGCUACUGUAUCCAAGGUGUUGGGGAUAAAUUCAAAGCUGGGAUCGCUGAUGACUCCAAGAGCCCCGGCCUUAGGGUAUUAUGUUAAAGUGCCCAAUUCUUCCUCACCGACUGGUUUCUCCAUCUCUUUUGUGGCCACUCCACUGGUGUCCCUGAAUACUUCAACAUUGUGUUCACCUUCCACCACAUCAAUGCCUACUCUUACCACAGCUCCGCUUCUGAUGGCUAAGGAUGAUACAGCUGCAAAAAUGACUAAAAGUGCUUCAGAGAAGACAGAAGCUAUUCAUCUACAGGAAAGUACUGCACACCCAAAGUUGUCCACAAUCAACAAUCAAUCAAAAAUCACUGACCAGAUUCAGUCACAGCCAAAGAUAAUGAUUUCCACCAGUCACACAAAUGUUUUACCACCAAUCAAACCAAAGAACGAAAAACUAAACAAAGACCUUCAAAGUGCAGCAGACAACAGUACAAAUUCAAGCAGUGUUUUAUCCACGGCAGCUAAAAAACGCAAGGGUGAAGUCAAGAAAGACUCUUCAUCAGGAGUGAAGAAAAAACUGAAAGUAAAGCCAGAAAAACUUGACAAUAAGGGGAAUUCUGGUAAAAAGCAAAUGAAAUUUGCUUCUCCAAAACCAGUAAAUACAAAUGUUGGGAAAAGCAACAGAAAGAAUGGUAAUGAAAAUGAAGAAAAAUUGGACAAGUCCUCUAAUGAACUUGAUGAAACCUUCAAGAAGAUUAUUGUUGUUAAUCCAGAGAAGAUGAAGAAAAUACUUACCAAUAGAUUAAGGAUCCCCAGCAUGAAUAUUAACUUCAAAGGACAAUGUAAUGUCACUAUCCACGAUAAAUCCAGCAAUGUUCACACUUCUUACAUUGUUGAUGAAAGAUCUACCCCAGCUGAUCAACUUAGCACUGCCACAUCAUUGUUGGGUGAAGAAUCAAUAUCAAGAAAUGGAGGCUCAUCUUGUGUGGAUUUCAGAGGUACAUCCAAGAAAGAGAUAUCAGGAAGUCCAGGGAAAUGUGAUAAAGAUAUCCUGUAUGUAAAUAAGUCAUCUGAUGCAGAAGGACAACAAAGCAUUCAACAGACUGAAUCAUGUCCUUUUGAUGUGAAUCAAAUCAUGAAUGAAAACUUCACAGGAAGAGGUGAUAGGUUCACUCGAGACUUGAAGAUUCACGUAGGAGCAACAAUACAAAACUCGGAUAAAACAACUGCACAGCCCAUGUUGCCUGAUCCUGGUCCAAUCCCCUGUCCUGCUAUCUGGUCUUUCUCAGAAGAGAUGCUGACAGAGAAAAACUAUUACGGAAGGUUGCUGAUCGCCAUUCAGGAUAUGCGGAUGGAUGUUAUGAAAUCCAUUUUGUCAGAUUACCAUGCAAUGGACAGGCUCAGAAAGAAAAUAGGGUAUGCAGAAACCCUAAUAAACAAACACAAGUCCUUCAUCGCAAGCUUUCAUGAAGAAAUGGAUUGGAUUUAGCUCUCAGGUUUACAGAAUGAAAAUUUUGAUCUGCACAUUACCCAGCAAAGAACUGCAUGUUUUUGUAUAAUGCUUCUGCUUUUGUUCACGUACAUGUAACAAAUUCCUUCAACAGAAGUCUUUUUUUUUUCAUCAUGCAUGAUCCAAGUAGUUUUCCUUUUUUGUUCCAUUUAUUAUAUGAAGAGCUUAUAUUCAUUAUUAAAAUAUUUUAUUUCAAUAAAACAAAUGAAUACAGUU